AUGUCUGCACCGCAAGAUCCUGGAGAGGGAAAGCGGGCUGACUUGGCCGGUCAAUCGAACAAUAAGGGCCAAAAGCAUGAGGAUUCGAAUAUAAGACAUAUGAAGCAGGAACAUUCCACAAAGCAACAGGGUUCUGUACAAACCGGGAUGCUUUCGUCGCCGAUAAUUGAGAUUCCGGACUUGUCUGGGGUUGACACGAGUGGAGACACAAGCGGAGAGUCCGGGCAGAGCCCUCAGGGAUUUGUUUUUGGAGGAUCUGAGGGCGGUAAACAGGAGAUGCAGAGAGAUGGAAGUCAGAAUAAUGAGAAUGAUCAGCAGCAGUCUGCGAGUAAAAGGGGAAUGAUGAGUGAAGGGGGGAUAAUGAAUGAAGAGGGGAUGACGAGUGAAGAAGUGCAGACGCUAAGUAAAAAAGCGUUGCCGGAAUCAGGCACGAAAAGAGGGCAUCGAAGACAGCAGAUACAGCAAAUGCAGAAAGCCGAGCUAAGGGCAGCCGACACGACAAGCAGCGGGUUGGGAAUCAGUGUUGCAUCGCAAAAUGCACAGGUGCAGCAUACGCAGUAUGCAAUGCAGCCGCAAUUAAACGAGAUAUGCAUUCCGGAUGAGACAGACGAGGAAAGCUUGCCGACGCCGACACAGGAGACGGCGCAACGGCCGAUGCAUGACCACCAUGUGGAUUCAGGAGACACGAAUCCGUAUGGGGAGCAGCCAAUGGGAUUUUGGCUGGGCGCCGAAAAUGGCGGGAGCGGGUACAAAAUGGGCGGUGAGACGGGCGAAAGGAGCACGGAAAUGCCCGAAUCUGGCAGCCGGAGGGGCCCACCGGCGUACACACUCAACAUUAUGGUGCGGCAGUUCACAAAAGAGGCCGAAAGAAAACUUAACAUGUGCCUCAACACGGUUCCGGUGGACCAGGAGCCAAAUGUGGUGGAGCUGCUCGCGGAGGGCGUCGACGCGACUUUCGACCGGACGAUUGCAGCCCUCGGGUACAUAGCCCGGCAGUCGAGGCGACGUGUGACUGAUGCAGUGAUGCAUUGGCGUCGGGGCAAGUCUGAGCUGAAGGAGAUGGCCCGGACGAUUUUGGAGAGGGAUAUUUCGGCAUACAGGCAGGCGCAGGGCGAAAAUGGGGCCUUGCUAGACGGAAACGGUAAGGAUGGUGCGUGUGGCAGCAAGGGCACCGAGAACAUGCCGAAAGAGGGCAGGAAGAAGAUCGCAGAGCUUCUGGAAAAAGUCCAGAAGGCAGAACGCACAUACCGGCAGGCGGAGCGGCAGUUGAGCGUUUCGACGUUUAUCUUGUGGCGAGUUCUGAUCGAGGUGGUGCGGCAGAGCGGAAAACCAUCUUCUGAGAGUGCCGAGGAUAAGUCACUGGAGGAAAUCAUGUACAAGCAGUUGCGGAACAUGGAUCCGUACGAGGUGAGCGGCAGCCUGAUUGAGUCGGCAAACUGGAGUCUUUUGGCGGAGCUGGUGGGCGAGAUGUCGGAGCACUCGUUCCUCAGUGUAAGUGACAGGUUCAUUGGCGACUUGGAGCGGUUCCCAACGGGCUAUACGAGCGGGUCGGCCGUCUCUGAGGCCACAUUGUGCCUUCUGAUCCACGCAAUGCGGUACUUAAGGCUGUCGAAUACGUCUCUGGAGCGAUUCGAGGAGGCCGCGGACUUCCUGAAGUCAAUGGCGAAGUUCUUCUACCGGUGCGAGAACGACUCCGUAUGCCUGGCGUACUGCGAGGUUCUCGGGCAGCUGGUUCUGCGUUUGGCGGGCAAUUUGACCGCGGAGGUGAACCACCCGACGUGGAUCGAUGCCACAAGGACAAUCUACGCAAAGGCAUACAAGUUGGCGCAGCGGGGGCCUGAGCAGCCGUUUUCGAGGCCUGCAACAACUUUGGUGGUUGCAGUAUUGUGUGUUUCUCCCAGAGACACGUUUUUGGGUCGGUGGCUGGACUUGACACACACGCUUGUGGCGCGGUUGCGUCCGAAACUGCCGCCUCAGGACAAGUACACGAUUGUGGCGUGCAUUGCGCGGUUGCUGUGGUCGUACCUGUUCCGGUACUCGGACACGUUGAACGCCAAGACCAGGAACAUGCAGAAUGUGGCCACGGAGCUCUUUUCCGGCGGCAUCUCGGCUAACUCCGCCCACCAGCACACCUACCACCGGCGGCACGACUGGUUCGCCGGGGCAGACGCAUCGGUUUUGUUGGCAGCAGCUCAAAUUCUUCGUGCGAUGGCAUUCUCGCAGCUCAACUUCACUUUGGAGAACAUCUUCCUGCCGCUCCUCAAAUCGUCGUUUGACGGCGCGUCGCUCGAAACCAUGCGGCCUGACCGCGUCCAGCUCUGCAUACGUGCAUAUGCAUGCAUCAUGUGGGACCACCAGCACUCGUCGAGGCCCUUUUUCCCCACUGAUGAGAUCGUGCAGUCGUGCAUGGACCCGCUAGAUUUCUGCAAUGCGGCCACCGGGUCUGCAGGCCAGGUUUUCAAGCUCACAUCUUCGAAUGCCGCCGUGCACCUGGAGGUGUCUGGAAUCUUCCAGAAGCUUCUCGCCAUGCUCCAGCGCGAGGUCGGAUGCACCAUUUUGGAGACAGCACCGACCCGCCGAUCGGCGUCCGUCGAGGAUUCUCCCACGUCGCCGAUCGCCGCGUCGUCCCCGCUGCAAGGUGGGUCGCCGUCGUCUAUCUCCGACGCGCCGUUCGCCUCGGCCGACUCCUCGUCGCAGUCGUCGCAGUCGUCCGGGUCGGGGCUCAAGCAGCGGUUGCGUUCUCUGUCGAUUUUCCACACGCAGAAAAAGGCACCACUUGCAGAGAUCUUCGCGGUGGCCAUCUCCGUCGUGACCUGGUGUGCGGAUGUAGGUGACGCAUCCAGCUACCGCCGGCUAGUGGAGCUGCUCGUGAAGAACGUGGUGCACGCCGACGCGUCGAUCGCCGCGUACUGCGUCGACGCGCUCAAGUUGCUCGUCGUCAAGCGGCACCCCGGGGUGGUGACGGGCAGUUUUUCGAGUGUUGCGUUUUUGCUUGAUGAACGCACUGCCUCUUACGUCAGUCACGGCUACCUGUGCUCCGACAACUACGUCCGGCUCGUCGAGGUGUACCUGGAGGUUCUCCAGAGCUGGCAGGAGUCGCUUUUGGCAUCUCCCGAUGAGGAUGGGGCCGUUGUGGAUGCGGAACCUGCAGCUGCCAUGUACGAUGUGAAUCGAGGCUUUGUUCAGCAAGCUCCACACUUCACCCGCCAGUUGGACUCGCUCGAGCUCAAAAACAUCGCCAACACCGUCGACGAGGUCGAGGGAAAUGGGCUUUUCUUCUUUUUCAGCCACGACUCUCGACUCCGGUACCUUGGUGCCGAAAUCCUGCGGACUGUUACGCAGUUCGACGACUCCAUUUACGUGUUGACAGAAAAGGCCGUCCCAGGGGCAGCCCCGGGUUCGAACCCAGGACUCCAGCUCCUGCCGGAAAAAUCCGACCCCAAGCCCUCCCACACCCGUACACCGUCAAAGUUUGCUGCCGACUUUGGCACCAGGGCCAUCCAGGUCAUCGGCAAGAUGGAUUUUUUCAGCUUCAUCUCUGCCAAGCGGGCCUUGCUCUCGGAGGCCGAGCGAAAGAGGUGCGCGCGGCUGCAGAGACUCGGCCGAAAGGCCAUAGUUCUCCGAAUUGCCGAGUCUCCACAUGGUGUAGAUGCUGCACUCUGGUUCAAAAUAUUUGACUCUGUGCUGGAGCAGCUAGUUCAGAAGUGUGUUAUCCAGAUUGCCAUUGUCCGGAGCCUCAGCUGCAUCCGAUUGGUUCAAUUGUACGACUCCAUUGUGCGGCUAGGCUCCGGAAGACCCGUCGGAAGUGCAAACGCGCUAGUCUGGGAGUACAUGCUUUACUUGAAGGUUGCUUGUAGCUCGCUCACCAGCACCGGCGACCAGAGAUUGCACGUGCCCUCCUCUGCCACCGCCUUGCCGCCCAAAAACGCCAAGUUGCGUGCCCUCCAGGCCGUUAAAAGAAGCAAUAGUCUGUUGGUGGGCCGUGCAUUCUCAGCUGCUGCCGCCGGGGCAGGAAAACCGUCCCAACUUCUCACUGUACAGCACCAGAAAAUUACGUCAGCCCGCUCUGUUUUCAGAAUUACCAUCCCACUUCUCACCACAAGCAAUGUCAAGCUCCGCGAGGCACUGGUUGAGGGUCUUUCGUGCCUAAACGUCAACAUUUUUCGCAGUUUUGUCCAGGAGGUCGAUCUGGCCUUGAACGGCAACGCGGAUCCUUCUUCCUCACUUGUUUCUCCUUCGGCCCAGGUCGUUUCUGCCCGAAUUUCUGACUCGGGACCCGGAAAAGCUGCCUUGGCAAGUGCUCCGCCAUCCAGCGACUCUUCUACAAGCUUGGCUUCCAAACAGCACAGUACCAAAUACUCGCAUUCACACUCCAGGUCCCUCUCACCUGCAGUUUCUCCGAUAACAGUUGCCACCCCCUUGGCAACGGAGAUAUGCUGCAUUCUCAACAAGGUAAUCUCGCGGUUUGGCCGCAAGAACCAGCAAUUCGCCGAUGACUGGAUUCUCUCCAGGUUGCAGGCACUCUUAUUGGAUGUCCAGGCCCAGUUGCUGUCUCCGUCGGCUCAGCAUAGCUUCAAGUUCCAGCGUCUCCGCCGGUAUUUCUGCGGUUUGCUUGAAUGCUUACAUCGCGAGCUCGUCAAGUCUGCCGAUGUCGAGAGAUGGCUUCCUUACAGCUUCAGAAAGCGUGCUUUCAUGUUUAUGAUGGAGUGGUCCGGUUAUGGGCCCAGCAUCAGUCUUUUCCAGAACAGAUACAGCACUAUGGCACAUGCUGCCGGGUCCUCCGUCACAAUGAUUGCAUCCCUUGAGUUGCAAAAGCAUCAGUUGCAGUAUUCAGCCAUCAGCUGCAUGACCGAGCUAUGCAGCAGUUCUGCCAUAGACUCCGCGUACAAUGUUGAUGCCGAUGGAAAGUCGAGGCCUAAAAGUGGCAAGCAAGUCAAGCCGGACACGUUUGAUUUCGAUGCAACACUUUCCUGGUCGGACGCAUUAUUCAAAACUCACAACGAGCGCAUUCGUUGCCUAGCUUCAACAGCCGUCAUAGAUCUGCUCACCCAUACACCAUCAAAGGUGUUGGCAGGCCACGUGGUCCGCCGAUGUUAUGGCAAUGAUUCCUGUGCCUGUGACUAUUUCGUUGCUUUGAAUGGUGCACUCCAGGCGGAAAAUCACUCCUCAGCUUUGGCAAGCUGUCCUCCUUACAGAAUGCUCUCGCUUGCUUUGUUUGCCUGCGGAUCUGACUCAUAUGUUGUCCGUUCGGCAGCUGCCAGCAUGAUGGAAACUCUCGAGCAGAAGUUUUACCAUUCCGAUGGUUGCAUCAGGUACGUAGAUGGUGUUUGUUGCCGCUCUCGAAUCAUCUAUAAACGUACUCUGUUUGAGCUGUCUACAUAUUUUGCCAAUGCACAUCCCGAGGAGAAGUACAUGGUGAUUUCUGAGCUCACCAUGCUUUUUCAUCUGGUCGAUUCUGCACCCCGUAGAGAUAUCAUUGCCGUCCUUCUUCCAUGGAUCCAGACCGUCAACUUGAAUAUUUCCGGGAGUACCAACGAUGAUGACCCAAAUAGCAACGGUGGUGACAAUACAUCCGACUGUCACUCGUAUGCUGAACCUUCUGAUGAGUGUUACCCCUCCUUGAUGGUACUCUAUAACUUCAUUGAAAUCACUCUAAAGUACUCGCAUCUCAUUCAGAACGAGGUCGAGGCCUUGUGGGUCGCCUUGGCAUCAAAGCCAGCAACUCCUAUAACGGAAAAACGUGCCGAAAUGACAUCUGGUAACGGGCAGGUUCCAUCCACCGAUGAAACUACUUCCGGUGCUCGCCAGAUAUUCGAUUUUCUUGUUGAGACAUUCCUGAAGCUGCACAGUUUGCCAUUCAUUGAGUGUGCGCGCCAAAUUGUUGUCAGUUUGUCUGGAAUUCCGGGAUUCGAUGCUGUAAACGUGCUGUUGAGUCGUCUAGAACCAAAGGCUAUGGUCCCUACUCAUAGAAUAAAGACCACGUCGAAAUCGCAAAAGCACCAAAGUUCAACUUCUCCCGUGUUUGUCCAUAUUCCAGAUAAAAUAUUUCCCUACGUGGCAGAUCUUCAAGCAUUGCUAAGAGUUCCAGAGGGCACUCCUUCAGCACCAGCUUUUUCUCCCGGUGAGCUCUACACGAUUUUCCUCGCAGAUUUGGCAUGCACUCCAAAUAAGGCUGUUCAAGAUAAGUUGCCGUUACUUCUUCAUUUGUGCUUUGUCUUGCUUGACCAUCAGCUUGCACUCAUUCAGGAUCAGGCAUGCUCGUUGUUGAUCCUCCUCAUUCACCAAUACGGGUCACGAGAUUCUCCUGAGGCAAAGGAAAUCGUGAAAAUGUUGCGAUCACCUGACUCUAAGUUCCAUCUUUGGUCUUACACUGAUGAUGGCAUGCCAGCUUUGUCCUCUAGGACAAGCUCAAAAAAUACAGUUUCAUCCCCACGUAUUCCAGAUUCGAUGGAUUCAAUGGUGCGUUCAGUUUUAGAUGUUUUCCGGCCUGUUGCUCCUGAGAUACAGAAGCAAUGGUCUAGAAUCGCUGUUGAUUGGGCAACCACUUGCAAAGUUAUGCACAUUGCAUCACGAUCUUUCCAAGUUUUCAGGAGCCUCAUCAGCUUUAUCGACACUCGUAUUCUUCGUGGUAUGCUGUCCUGUCUAUCAAAAACCAUAUCGGAUGAGAGCAAAGGUAUUCAAGGCUUUUCUAUGCAGAUUCUAAUGACCCUCAAUGCAAUUACAGCAGAGCUUCCAUCAAGCCAACUUAUAGAUUAUCCACAGUUAUUCUGGUGCACUGUUGCCAGUCUUUCGACCGUUCACGAACACGAGUUCAUUGAAGUUUUGUCAGCGUUGUCCAAGUUUCUUUCUAAAAUCGAUCUUGACAGUGAUGAAACUGUUCAGUGUCUCAUCUCGACCUUUCCACCCCAUUGGGAGGGAAGGUUUGAAGGGCUUCAGAAGAUUUUAUUGACUGGUCUGCGCUCAGGAAUUGCUGCAACGCCAUCUUUAGCAUUGUUGCGUCGCCUUGAUUUGCUUAAAGACAGCCAGAUCGUGGGAAGCGGACCGGAAAGACUUCUUUUAUCGCUUCUUGCAAAUCUCCCUGUUCUUCUGCACUCGCAGACCAUUGGCAAAUUUUCGGCGGAAACUGUUCAUUCGGCAGAAGUUAUUGUGGCGAUGGCUGAUCGUAACAAUCUACCUGGACUGGCAAGAAUUAUUCGCUCAUUGGUGCACAAACGGUUCCGUAAUAAGGAAGAUUUCCUUUCUCAGACUGUUUCCGUGCUGAAGGCCCAUUUCUUCCCUACCUAUUCUGCAGAAACACUCGUUUUCUUACUUGGGUUACUUUUCAACAGUACUCCUUGGGUUAAGACCGAGGUGAUGUCUUUACUAAAGCACGUCUUUCGAGCCAUUGAUCUCUCAUCAGACGAAUUUGUGGGCUUAGGUGCAGAUCUAGUUGCACCUCUACUUAGACUUUUGAUGACAGACUAUGUUGACGAUGCACUAGAGGUGCUUGAUGAAGCCUCGGCCAUUUCUGCUUCACCUUUCGACAAGCAUUAUUUAAUGAUGAGUGCAGGUGAUUCGACAAUGCGUAAGGAGUACGAAAAGAUUGCUACUCUCUUCGGUAUACCUGAUGAAUCGGGCUGGUCUGUGCCAAUGCCCGCAGUUAGUACUGCCAGAACCAGAAACAACAUACACGCCGUUUAUUUGGCAUGCAAACGCGAGUCGAAGAUUGAAGGUAAGUCUGUAGAAAGCUCUGAAGCUGUAUCUCAGGCACAAAUGACACCUGAGGCAGGUGUCUCUCCAGAAUUGCCAAAUGUAAUUACUCCAGAACCUGACAUGGGAGAAUUUGAUGCUUCUGAUGUCGAAUCGGAUCUUCCUCUCGAACCAUCUGUUUCCGUUCCCUCUUCUUACGUGCAAUAUAAUCCAUUAACGCCGGAAAUUCAGCAGCAGUUGAACGAGCAGCAACUUUUCUCAGCAAAUGAUGAAUUGCCUGUGAAUAAUGGAUCUGUAACUGGUAAUUAUGGUGCCGGAAAUGGAGAUACGGACUCACUUUCCAACAUGUUGGCCACUUUGGAGAAUCUCGAUUCGUUCUUUACGCGCGAUACGCUUGGAUUUACGGAUUCCGAGGCACAGAUUGACAAAACUGGUGGUGGUAACUCCCACAAUGCUGUUACCAAGGGUGCACAGUCUGCAUUCAAGGUUGUUCGAAACAGUAUUGGGUCUGUAGCAAGCGAGAGAAAUAACUCUAAUCUUGGAAAAGCGAAUACUACCAUGCGUGGAAAUAGAGAUACAAGCUACACAAUGGGUAUGAAUUCAAGAAACUCUCGUGGAAAUAGAGCCAGUAGAGGUAUUGGGUCGACACUGUUUGGCACGCCUAACCAAUCACUACAAAAGGGUGAGUCGGACGGUCUUUUUGGCUUCGAUUCGUUGAUUCUUGGAAGAUCACACAGAAAAAGUCCAAAUGCUGGUACUAAUCGUCUUGGAGAUCUUGGAACACCGCCUUUACGUUUAGGUACUCCAAGAAGUCCCUAUAGAUCCUCAAGAUUUGGCAGACACUCACGGAGAUCUGCGCAGUAA